GGUUAAGACUUAAGAGUGGAGUGAAAGAAAAAGGACAAAAUGCUGCGGUUUUUCUCCUCCUUCUCUUCCGCUUUCUCACUGUAAAACCAUUUUCUCUCUCUCUCUCUCUCUCUCUCUCUCUGCUGGCCAGUGGCCACCCCCACUUCCAUUUCUAAAAACACUGGCAUUCAUUCUUAGCUUCUCCCUGUUUUUAUAUCACGAGAUCCCCAUCUCUUCUCCCUCCCUGCAUGUCUUUUUCAGAGCCUCUCUUUUUCCAUUGCAGCAGAGCAGAGCAGAGACGUGUAUGCCCUGAACUCAGUGUUUAGAGAGAGAGAGAUAGUUUGGAAAAUGUCUGAUUCAAGAAGGGCAUCGGUGUCCGAUAUUGGGAUUGACGCUUUGAGUGAUCGGUUGAGGAAGUCGCUCCGGGACAAUGGGCCGCCGGAGAUGAACAAGCCAGAUUUCAGGGAACUCGAUCUGGGUUCGCCGGUUUCUCCCUUGCGUCCUGCUCCUGCUACUACCAGUAGUAGCUCUAGUUCUUCUGGAUCCUUGUCGGGUCGGAACGGGGCUCCCAAGUCCGGUGAGCUCUCGGGGUCGGUGGAGAGUUCACCCACCCCGACAGCGCGCCGCGGCUUCAAUCCGCGCUCAGAUUCCGCCUCUUCUCACCCUCUAAUUUACUCCCGUGGGAGCUGUGUCAACUCUCCGCCGCCGUCCAAUGCUUUUCCCACCGGCAAUAUCUGCCCCUCCGGCAGGAUUCUCAAGACCGGGAUGGCCAGCAAGUCAUCCAAGACUGACGUUUUGGGGUCGGGGACUGGGAAUUACGGCCACGGCAGCAUAAUACGCGGAUUCGGAAGUAGUAACAAACCCACCAAUUUAAUGGCGGAAGAGACUCAGAAGAGGGAAAUGUUGAGCAAUGAUCCAGAAGAGUUGAAGAGGAUAGGCAAUGAGAAUUACAAAAAGGGUCAUUUCGCAGAGGCUUUGAAUCUAUAUGACAAGGCCAUUUCAAUAUCUCCCGGCAAUGCAGCUUACCAUUGUAACCGGGCAGCAGCUUUGAUUGGUCUCAAGAGAUUGGUAGAGGCAGUGAGGGAAUGUGAGGAAGCUAUUAGAUUGGAUCCCAGAUAUGUUAGAGCCCACCAGCGUUUAGGAUCUUUGUUCCUUAGUUUAGGACAGGUAGAAAAUGCCAGGAGCCACAUUUGUCUUCCGGGGCACCAGCUAGAUCACUUGGAGUUGCGGAAGUUGGAAGCAGUGGAGAAACAUAUAGAAAAGUGCAAUGAUGCACGGGGAGCCAGUGAUUGGAGGAGUGUGUUGCGUGAAGCUGAUGCUGCUAUUGCCUCUGGAGCCGAUGCAUCUCCUCAGCUCUUUGCAUGUAGAGCAGAAGCACUUGCGAAGCUCCACCAGUUAGACAAUGCUGAUUCAAGCCUAUCGAAACUUCCUAAAAUAGAAUCAACUGCUUCCUUCUCCCAGUCAAAAUUUUUUGGGAUGCUUUCUGAAGCGUACGUGUUCUUUGUUCGGGCUCAAAUUGAGUUGGCUCAUGGAAGGUUUGAAAGUGCGGUUGCUGCCAUUGAGAGAGCUAAACAGAUUGACUGUCAAAACGUUGAAGUUUCUGUUUUACUCAACAAUGUGCGGUUAGUUACCCAAGCUCGUACCCGUGGCAAUGAUUUAUUUAAAUCCGAAAGGUUUACAGAAGCUUGUGCCGCUUAUGGGGAAGGCCUCAGGUUUGAUCCUUCAAAUUCGGUUCUGUAUUGCAAUAGAGCAGCCUGUUGGUAUAAGCUGGGACAGUGGGAAAAAUCUGUGGACGAUUGCAGCCAAACUCUCCGUAUCCAACCGAAUUAUACGAAAGCUCUUCUUCGAAGGGCAGCCUCAAACAUGAAGCUAGAACGGUGGGCUGAGGCUGUAAGAGACUACGAAGCUUUGAGGAGUGAAUUACCACACGACACCAAAGUUGCUGAAUCACUGUUUCACGCCCAAGUUGCUCUAAAAAAAUCCAAAGGGGAAGAGGUUUAUAGCAGGAAAUUUGGUGGAGGUGUUGAGAUAGUCUCAGGUCUUGAACAAUUCCAAUUUGCAAUUUCGUCUGGGACAUCGGUGGUGCAUUUUAAAGUGGCAUCCAAUACACAAUGCACACAGAUAUCGCCAUUUUUGGACACAUUGUGCACCAGAUAUCCAUCAAUAAUUUUUCUCAAGGUGGAUGUGGAAGACAGCCCAGCAAUUGCCACAGCUGAGAGCAUCACGACUGUGCCAACGUUCAAAAUAUACAGAAACGGCAGCCAGUUGAAGGAACUGGUCUGCCCAAGUCCAGAGGAGCUGGAGACUUCGGUGAGGCAUUGGGCUAUCUAGAAUACUAUUCAAGAAUUACUUCGUGGCGAUAUAACCGGACCUACCACAUUUCAGCCAAAAGGCAAGUGGAAUUCAGAGAGAUAGUGUAGUUUGUUUUCGUUUUUUAUUUUGAUUUUUGAUUUAAUCAUUCAAUCCUCAUUGCCUUCAAGUUGUAAAAUUUUCUCAUCUCCUAAUCUCACAUCAUAUCAUUUAGUUUCUUCAAAUUCUUCUUCCUCCUCCCCCCUUUAUUAGCUAGACAUUUAGAAGUCAGAGAGAAGAGAUGGUUGGCUGGCUGGCAAUUAUAGAUGAGGAUCUAAACAUGUAUAUAUAUGAUAAUAUAUACAAAAUCUUUGCAGGCCAUUGAGGGAGAUUGGAUGUCUGAUGGUUGGAUUAGUAGUGAAAGAAGGAUGAAUUGUAUGUGUUAUUGAUAUUGUGUUGUUCAACCUUUCCAUCAAUAAAAUUUUUCCAUUUUUUUCUUGUUUCA